AUGUUAUCACCAAACUACAGUUUUACUGGACCCACUGCCGAAACUAUUGUCAAGAUCUCUCAAGCCAUCAAAGAAGUCGACACUAGCGCUCCCUCUUCCCUUCACAACCACCGUCGCUAUCUAUACCUAGUUCGUCGUCUCGCUAGAGAGAUGGAGGUCCAAAUUCACUCUUGGGAGGUUCUCGACGCGCGUGCCCAAUUUGCCAGGUCGCUUAUUGCUGUUGUUGAUAGGGAAUUAGAUCUACCGCCUGAGUACUACGAAGGCCAGAGCGAAGAUGAGGGCAGAGAGACUCCGCAGCAACUCGGUGUUACACAUGAUGAAUCUGUAGUACGCCCAGCACGAUCCCGUCGCCGUCAGGGUGGAACGACUGCACAGCAAAUAGGUGCCCGGUUUGCUGAUUUUCCAGAUAUGCUACCGGCACCACCUUUUAUGCAGACCGCACGUACACUUGGUUUCGCGACGCCGCCUCAGUAUACCGCGAUGUCGUCAUCCCCACCUAUGAGUGCAGCGCGACUGGACUACCGUGCGACGACAGAAGACAAAGAUCGACGUGCAGAUGCGUUUCGUACGCAUGAUACACAAACAUUACCGAUGGAAGCUCGAGUUACAGGCCGUCGUGCUUAUCUCAGGAGAAGUCAGAACACUGCAGUAGACUAUUCGUCGAGUCAACCAAAAGAAGACGAUGAGUGA